AUGCCACCUGGAGACGAAGAGGAAAACGAAUUCUUGAGAUACCCUCAACAAGAUCCUAAUGCCAACUAUUCCUAUCACGGUCGCCCAAGUGACGAACUGCUAAGCUUCCAACAGCCUCAGGCGAGUUACACUAACAGAUACGCUGACUCCACUGAGGAUUUUAGUUACUACGAAGGAGAACACCCAAGCGACAUUUUCAAUACUCUGCACAAUGAACCGAAGUUGGCUCGCUCCUCUCCAGAUUUAGCUCAAGGCCCAUUCGGUGAUGAAAACUAUGAGCUUGGGAAUUACUACGGACAACCAGAAAGCCAUGACCAAGCGCAUUAUCAUGACAAUCCAAUCAAUACGUACGAGCCGUACUCUAACGUGAACUUCAACCAAGCAUUUGUGCCUCACUCAUACGAAGACGACGAGAGCAGCAAUAUGAACCAAGAAAUUCAGUACAACAAUUUUCAGGGUGACCUCUCUUUGAUCUUUCAGGCUGUCCAUGUCCCCCGAUUUCACCACGACGACGAUAAGAGAAAACCGUGUUCGAAGUUGUUCGUGAGUCACCGUUUGACGAUAACCAACAAUUCCCACUCCCACCCGAACAAGAGGAAGUUAGAGAGAAAACGAAACAGGCUUUUGCAUCAGGAUAUAAUGGUCAUUUAG